UCCCUUGUCACCAAAAUGGCUGCUUAACUCCCGUGUAAACAUUCCAUGAAACGUAAUGACACAAAAAAGGAAAAUUCAGUACUAAUGGAUCCUUUCCUGUACUGAAACGACAUGGAGACCCAGUUAAAGUCUGCGAGGGGCAGAUCUUUACCAAGGAGUGUGGGCAGACAAGUUGGUGUGCUACCGAUCGAGGCACGACACCCUGUUGGAAACAGAAUACCACAGAAUACUACUAGUCACUUGAGUAAGAUUGUACGAAAAACACCAACAUCUCGAGCAGGCUCUAACACCUCAUGUAGAAGUCUUUCAAGCAGGUGUAAAGUUCGUCUAACUAAUGAUAAAGUGGACAUUUUGGAUGAGCAAGAAACUCAGUCUUCUGCAUCAAAUUCUUGCAAAGAUGAGGGAAACAAUGAAAAAGUUCCACAGAAAUUCCUAAGCCCAAAAGAGAUACUUGAUCUGUGCCAGGAAAAUGACUUCUACAGAGUGUAUGAAAUUGAUUUGCAUGGAAUGUCACUGGCAGAAGUUCCUGAUCUAGAAAAGUUUCGGAAACUACGCGUAGCAGACUUAUCAGGCAACCAUAUUAGUAGGAUAUGUAACCUGGAAUUCACACAGGACCUGAGAGAACUCAAAUUAUAUGACAACCACAUUAUCAAAAUUGAAGGACUUGACAGUUUAAAAGAAGUCUGCAGUUUACAGUUGCAGUACAAUCAGAUCGAAACAGUUGGAAAGGGUCUAGCUAACCUUAAGAAACUUCAAAGCCUUCGUCUUGACAACAAUCGAAUUACAAAACUAGAGGCCAGUGAUCUGCUACCUUGUGUACAGAUCACAAUGCUAGACCUCAGCAACAACUACCUUGACUGUCUUACAGCUUUGACGUAUCUGUCGAACCUGGAGGAGCUGUAUGUCUCGAGGAACCGCUUGAAAAAGCUGACCGAUCUUCAUCGAUGUAAACAUCUGCAGGAACUGGACCUGUCCAGAAAUCAACUCACAGAUCUGAGUGGCAUAUCAGACCUAGUUAGUGUUCAGAUUCUGGAUGUGUCGGAAAACCAGCUGACAACACUCUCAUCUCUUGGGAAAUUGAAGUCUCUGGAGGAGCUGAACGUGAGCGGCAACCGAGUGAGCGACCUAAGUGGCUGGGAUGCCGCCUUCCCCAGACUCCAGAUCCUGAACCUGUGCAACAACAGAGUGGAGGCCUGGCAGCAGGUGUGUCUCCUGAAGGGACUGCCGGACCUCGUCGAGCUCUACCUCGCCGGUAACCCCUUCACCCUCGAGGGCGGAGAGCGCCCCACCUACCACGUAGACAUCCAGACUGUGGUGCCAUCGCUGGAGAUCAUUGAUGGCGCUCACUUGAAACCUAUGACAGGCAAUGCAGGAACACCGCUGAUGCGCCCGAUGACAGCGUCAAGCAUGCUGAGCGUUCGGCAAGUGGAGGCACAAGUGAAGGCGGUUCUGGAGGAACAGGAAUCGAUGGAACGAAUGUUAGAGAAGAGGUUUGCGAGUCUCAAGGCAGUGUUUGACACCCUCCCGGCACACCGUCCACCCGUCAAGAGCUACCCGACACCACAGGACUCUUCCUCCCCGGCGCCGUCCAGCCGCUGCAGGAGCCAUGCCAGGAUACGAGAAGCACAGGCUUUCGCACAGAGUAUCCCGGAUGUGGAGUAGACGUAGCUUCAAGAGAAACCAAAGUUCAAGGACGUCGACUGGACAAAAGGGAGGGAACUGUUGUCGGCAGCCUGGCUGCACUGAAACCUCCAUUGUGUGUGAACGUCUGCCGCCACACAAAACACCUUCAUUCAUUUCUUCCGUGAGCGUGCCCAUUCUCGCGCACAUGCAAGUUCACCAAACCUUCAGGAUCAGGGUGGCCAUUUUUCAGGGACCUGUCCCCGCUUGGAGCAGCCAUCUGACAGUGAUGACCCUUCACCUGUCAGUGUGAGGGUCAUCCCACGGUCUGUGUGCUGCAGUCAACUAUUCUCAGUUUUGUCUUCAUCCUCAUCCUCUUUUUCUUCCACUUUCAUUGUCCGCUUUUUCAAUGUGAAGAGGUUUCAUUCAAGCAUAAUAUCUCAUCUCGAUGUAAAUACAUCAUCACGAAUUAAGGGUAUGGCAUUGACAAAAAUGUAAAUUAUUCAGUGAUAAAUAUUUAGACAUGAUAAAGGUUAGUUGUUGGGUUUUUUUUUGUUUUUUUUUUAGACAAAUCGGUUCAUUGCGUAUGUUAAACUUCUGUGGGGAUGAGAAAACAUUUCGUUUUUGUAUAAUAUUUAUGUAAAUGGAUUUUCUUCAUGUCCCUUCCUUGUGUAUAGUAGAUUUCCGUGGCAACGAAUAAACGUUUUAUUUGUAUAA